GCUUUUAAAUUAUGCCAUAUCCCAGUGAAUGGUUUCACACAACCAAUAAUCGCAUUUUGGACUAAUUAUUCAGUGGGAGAGGGCCAAAAUCCGAUACGUUUUAAUUAAAUUUCCAUCAGCAGAUGCUUUUGGUGGGUUUGUUUAUAAAACUAAACGUAAUUUCUCAUGUGGUUGUAAAGUAAAACGUGUGAACAAUGAGUGCCACCGGUGACGAUGACAAAGACAUGCAGAAGGGCUUGCCCCUUGACUUGGCCAGGAAUCAAAUAACCACUGUCCGAACAGUUGAGGGCAAGGGACCCCUGGUGAUGACCAGUCAGACUCUUAGGGGCAUGAGGGUGGUGCAACAGCCACUUCCAACAAGCUCUGGGAGCAGUUCUGUUGGCGGCCAAACGAUUAUCACCACUAACAUUGUGCCACAGGCUGUUCUCAAACCAGAGGCAGGAAGAACUCAACUUGGAAUCAUUACAAGUUCUCAAGCCCCAUCAGUGUCAGGAAACCUGACAAUCCAAAGACCCGCGCAAAUAACACUUUCGACACCUCUGGUACCGACCGGCACCUAUCAUGUGCCGAGGGGACCCGCCGUGGUCGCGAAUCUCGCAGCACCUCGAAGUAACGUAGCCACUGCUCACGGUUUUGUAAGGCCACCUCGAACACCCAGUCCCGCUCAAGGAACGGCCUGGUUGACCACCAACUCGUCUAAUGGGGGUCAGAUAAAAGGCGCACCAACCGUAUUGAGCUCCCCGGUAAGGGGUGCAACCGUAACCGGAAAACAACAAAUAGUGGGACGUACACAGAGCGGCCCCGUAUCGACCAUAAGGCCGGGGACUAUUCUGCAAAACGCCAUUAUAGCACAACCGGUUCGAACGCAGGCCGUCGUGUAUAGUGCAAACACUAGCAGUCAGUUCACGCCCAGUAGAAUUACUGUUGCUAGUACGGUACCCAGUCAAAGGCAGCCACAAGGCGCCCGCCCUAUUACCCAAGUUGCUACGGCUAGGUUAACAGUGCCGGCCAAUGUUUCGACAGCCGGAGCACGCUUGGUUACUCCUCAGACUGUUCUAACGUCAGGAUCGAGAAUUUCAACAGUUCAGACACCAGUUUUAGGUACGACUUCAGCUCGUAUUGUCACUACUCAACCCGGUGCUCCUAUAGGGAGAUUAACAGUCACUACGCCAACAGUAGUGUCAACUAACAACAUGAUUGGAACCAGAAUAUCAGCCCUUAAUCUCACAUCUCUGGUUGCCGUAACGAACCCGGCGCAACAAAGAAGUCUUCAAACACAGGGUGCUAAAGUUAUUACUCAGCCCACUCAAGGUACAAUCCACCUAACGUCACUACAAGCACCGAUAAAAACAACCACUCAAAGUGUGGCGUCAACAACUGCAAGGACAAUAAAUGUACCUGCAACUCUAGUAGCCCAAAGACAAACAGCAGUGGUACCUCCACAAACAAUUUCCAUAGCCAAAGUGUUUCCACAAAGUGAAACGCAAGGUGCAGGUGCCUCUGCCAAUGUGUUCAUUCACACUCCUCUACAGACGCCCUCAAAAAGACUGUCUCCCAGUCCGACACCAUCGACACCGACGAGCAGUGUCGCGGUGGCGACAACAACGGUCGCCGCAUAUUCCAUAUCGACCGGCACCUACUUCUAUGAGGCGGGCGGAGCCGUAACGCGUCCUUUCACCGCCCAGUCGCAGCAGCAACAGAGCGGCACUCAAGGAACAGCUUUUGCGACUGUCGCGUCCGCCCAGCAGCAGAUACGACCCGCUUCUGUGGGACCAGCGACCGUCACCCCUGUGCACGGGAUUGUGGCUUCGUCAAAUUCGACGUUGCGCUACAAUCAGGUCAUGUUGGUGGAACCAAGCAGGGGUCAACAGCAGCCCUUCGGUCAGGCCCAGACUUUGGAGCUGCAAGAGGUGCAACAGCAGCAGCCCAUGCCGUCUAAAACCACGUCUUCCCCGAGACCCACCAUCUUGAGAAAGCGUGAUCACGAGGGAUCGCCCCUUAAAGCUUCAAAGAAUUUAACACCGCUACUGACAAACCUCCCACAACAAAGCCCCACGCCAAUAUCGCCGCCUUCGAGGCCCGAUUCUAGGGGGAACGGCCACAGUUCCGCAGGCAGCACCACAAUAUCAGCCACUUCCAGUCCCGGAUUGGCGGAAGUCAACGAGGACAGCAACCCACAUGUGCCGAUGAACAACAAGGAGGAGGAGGACGUCAAACCACCAAUGGAGAUGAGUCCAAGAAAAAAGCCUAGAAAGCAACAGCUAACGGGAAGUAACGAUCUGGGUGAGCACAAUGAUGAUAUGCAAUUCAUUUCCGAGAACAGUGGCAUAAAGAAAGAAGGAGAGGAGCCCGAAGAAUCAGACGGUGAAGGUGGUGUUGACGACGAGCCGCGUGACGGUGCUCCUGAGGCUGUUCGUGUGACGACGGUACGUAAACCUGCCACCGCCAGUCUUCUGAACGGCUAUCGCCACACGUGGAAAUCGACGCACAACCACUACUUGCGCUACUCGGACGUUCGCCCCAAAGACGAACGACGACCUUCUAUCAUGGAUCUGGCCAAUCAGUGUCGCGUGCAGGAGAAGGUCAAUGGUUGGAAGAUUCAUCAUUUGACCACUCAGAUGGAAGAUUUAGCUGAUCAAGAACAACAAGUGUACAAUCAACUGACUGAACUAUUAAAAAGCACUGAACCUGAAGAAAUUGACAAAAAUAAUAAAGAUGCAAAUAGGAUUAAUGAACUCAUUAAGGGCAACAUGCAAAGAAUCAAAAUAAUAAACGAUGGUAUGAUAGAAGCGAAGACACAAAUAAUGAAAAUCUUCGAUCACAAAGCUCAUGUGACGGACAUUAUAAACCGAUGUGCCAGUAAACGGAAUUUUAAGAAACGCGACAAACCAUAAACCUCUAGUGGAGUUUCACUUGAUCUGGAUUAUUUUUAUGUUUGUGUUAUUUUACAAGGGACGUGAAAUGUGUUGUUUUUGAGAAGUUUCUAUUUAUAAUUUUUAUAUGAAGAAUCCAAGAUUAUUUAUAUUAUUGGUUUGUAAAUAUACAACUGACAUUUACAAUGUUAUCCAUAAGAUUCAUAGUUUAAUAAAAACUUAUUUUAUAAUUUUAA